UGGAGGGGAAAGUCGUGGCGACACAGCAGUGAAUACUUCCAGAGCUGCGAUCCUGUGGUCCUUGUGUUUGUUGAGGCGUGUGGGAGAAAGGAGGCCCUUGUCCUGUGAGCCAUUUCUGUCCGGAAGGGACGAGCUUUCCCCUACCCUGCCUUGCAGGGACUUACAACAACCUCACCAGACAAGCUGCAUGCUUCCCUUGUGCAGCAGGGUACUACUGCCCAGAAAAUACCUCCAGCUACAGUACGAAUCCUUGCCCAGCUGGCUUUUACUGCCCCAAAGGAACCAGAUUUGCCACUGAAUUUCCCUGUCCCCGGGGCUACUAUAACCCUGAUCCCAUGACACAGAGUUUGGAUAGCUGCUUGCCAUGUCCGCCUGGGCACUACUGUGGGAAGGAGAACUUGACAGGUGUGUCAGGCAAGUGUGAUGCAGGCUGGUUCUGUGUCUCAGCUGCUUGGACCUCACAGCCUUUUGAUCUGGAUAACUACACCAAUGCCAACUGCCUCUGUCCAGCCACUGCCACUGGAGGAAAGUGCCUAGCUGGUUUCUACUGCCCCAAAGGAAGCCCAGAGCCUCUUCCCUGCCCUCCAGGGUUUUACUGCAAUGCCUCAGGUCUGUCUGUCCCCAGUGGGCAGUGUACUGCUGGGUUUUACUGCAAAGGUGGUGCAGCUCUCCCUCAACCAACUGAUGGUGCAACUGGGAAUAUCUGCCCUGUGGGGACAUACUGCACUGCAGCAUCAGCAGCACCCAGGCUCUGCCCAGCUGGCACGUUUUCUAGCCUGCCAGGGCGGAGGAUGCUUUCUGAGUGCCAGCCUUGCCCCUCUGGCUUUUAUUGCAAGGUACCUGGUCUUAGUGUCCCCACGGGAGAGUGCUGGGAAGGCUAUUACUGUGACAGCCAGCAAGGACCAGUCAUUGAUUUUACCCUUUACCCAUGCCCGCAAGGUUUUUACUGUCCACCAGGGACCCGCCAGAGCACUCAGUACAGCUGCCCUGCAGGAACCUUUGGGCCGAGGCAGAAACUGACAACAGUCAAGCAAUGUCAAAGAUGCCCACCGGGAAAAUACUGUGAAUUCUCUGGACUUGCUGCCCCAACAGGCGCCUGUGCGGAGGGAUUCUGGUGCAAAAGUGGUGCCCGAGUGAGAAACCCCCGAGAUGGAGAGUCAGGACUGCCUUGUCCUCCUGGUCAUUACUGCCCUGAAGGUGCACCACUUCCGUUACAGUGCCCUCCUGGCACUUGGUCUGACAGUGAAGGGGGUAGGAAUUUGCAGGAGUGCCAGCCUUGCCCUGGGGGAUAUUACUGUAACAGCUCUGGACUGAGGGCCCCUUCAGGACAUUGCAGCCCAGGGUAUUACUGCGUCUCCGGGGCCCAGACUCCAGCACCCACUGAUGGCCUCUCAGGAGCUCCAUGUCCCAUCAGACACUUUUGCCCUCUUGGAUCCAGGAGUCCAGCUCCAUGCCCCCCUGGCUCCUACAUGCCACAAACCCAUGGAGAGGAGUGCCACGCUUGUGCAGAGGGUGAAUACUGUGUCCCUGGUGAAAAGCCACAGCCAUGUCCUCAGGGUUUCUACUGCCCCGGAGGAACAGGUUUAGACUGGCAGCCCUGCCCGCCAGGUACUUAUAGCCCCGAGCAAGGACAGGGAAGCAGAACCAGCUGCAGAGCUUGUGAUGGAGGGAAGUUCUGUCAGUAUCACAAUGCAACUGCUGUGACUGGAGAGUGCUGGGAAGGUUACUAUUGCACUCAAGGAUCUUAUAAGCCUAACCCAGAUGCCGUGAUACAAGGCCGAGCUGGUCCCUGCCCUGCAGGCCAUUACUGUCCCCGAGGCACUUCUGUCCCCACACCGUGUCCUGUGGGAACUUUCAGCUCAAGGAGCAGGAUGAGCUCAGAGACCCAGUGUUCCCCAUGUCUGCCUGGGCAUUACUGUGAUGCUGCUGGCCUUCCAGCCCCUACAGGACAGUGUGCAGAGGGGUUCUACUGCACACUGGGAUCCACUCUUCCCAAUUUCCCAGUGGUGGACAAGGCUGGAGGUCCCUGUCCCAGAGGGUAUUUCUGUCCCAAGGGCACAGCUGUUCCAAUGGCUUGUCCAGCGGGGUCAUACAACCCUUCACAAAGGCAAGCCAGCUGCCUCCCCUGUGCUAAAGGGUUCUUCUGCCCAGAGAAUUCCUCUUCCUUUUUGGAGAACGAAUGUUCAACUGGCCACUACUGCCCUGCUGGUACUGCUUCUCCAACUCAGUUCCCGUGUCCUAAAGGGACUUACAACCCACAGACUAGAAGCAGCCUCAUGUCUCACUGCACCCCUUGUGACCCAGGGCACUACUGCGCAUUUGCAGGGCAGUCACGUGUUACAGGGCCCUGUUUGGCUGGAUUCUACUGCAGCAGAGGAGUGUCUAGUCCAGCACCGACGGAUGGUCUUCUGGGGAACAAAUGCCCUAAGGGAACUUACUGCCCUAUGGGCUCUGCCUUUCCGCAGCCUUGUCCUCUUGGUUAUUAUAGCAACUCAACUGGGAACACUAGGAUUGAGGACUGUCUCCUGUGUGAUGCAGGGCAUUUCUGCAAUGGAACUGGACUUUCAUCUCCGUCUGGACUAUGUGAAGCUGGAUUCUACUGUAGUGGAGGCGCUCUUUCUCCUAAACCUCCCAGGACAACGGUCAGUGGAGGGCCGUGUCCACCGGGACAUUACUGUGCGGUGGGGAGCAGCAGAGCCCAGCCUUGCCCUGCAGGGAGUUAUAGUCCCUCUUGGAGUAUGGCACAAUGUUUGGAGUGCCCAGAGGGCUUUUACUGCAAGACUGCUUCCACAGAUUACACGGAUUGCCCUGCAGGACACUACUGCCCCAAGAGUACAGAAUUUGCCACACAGUACCCUUGUCCCCCUGGAACCUACUGUGAAGCUUUAAAUAUCUGGGAUGUCUCCAAGUGCCAGCUGUGUCCUCCUGGAAGGGUCUGUUCCAAGCCAGGCCUAGCAAGACCAGAUGGACUCUGCAUGCCUGGAUGGUUCUGUGCCCGAAAAGACCAGCCAGAAGCUCUCCAAGAGGACUUCUCACAUGGGGUGGUCAAACCAGUGAUCUGUCCGGCAGGACAUUACUGCCUCUCAGGAACAAAAGCUGCUAACCAGUACCCGUGCCCCGAGGGGACCUUCAGUAACCAGACUGGCUUGAGAAAUCCCAGGGAGUGUAGGCCUUGUCCCGGAGGCACGUUUUGUGCCACUGCAGGACUCUUGACCCCAAGUGGUCCUUGUUUGCCUGGGUAUUACUGCACUUUGAAGGCACGCCUACCCAAUCCUGUUAACGAUGAGACUGGUGACCUCUGCCCGGCAGGUCACUUCUGCCCGCCAGGUAGCAGCAAGCCAGAGCUGUGUCCCGCUGGCACGUUUUUACCUCAGUCUGGGAUGGUUUUCCGUAAUGCCUGUCUACCCUGCCCUGGAGGGAAGUUCUGCCAAGGAGAGGGCCUGGCCAGUGUUUCUGGCACGUGUUAUGCUGGGUAUUUCUGUGAUGUUGGAUCCACAGAGCCAAACCGUAAGCACUGCCCCCCUGGCUCCUACUGCCCCGAAGGCUCUGAAUCCCCAGUCCCAUGCAGCCCUGGAAGCUUCAACUCUGACAGUGGAAAAUGGCAGUCAACGGACUGUCAGCUCUGCCCAGCUGGAUACUUCUGCAGUGGUUCUGGAGCACAUACUCCUGAGUUGUGCCCUGCUGGGUACUUUUGUCUGCCGGGGACCAACUUCAGUACGGAGCAUCCGUGUCCAAGAGGUACCUUUGGCACCAGGGCGGGUGCCACCAGUGAGUCUGACUGUGAACCCUGCCCAGCAGGCACGUAUUGCUCGGCACCAGGUCUAUCGCAGCCUUCUGGAUUUUGCCGUUCAGGUUAUCAUUGCACCAAGGGAGCCAUCAGCCCAGCCCCCUUCAAACACAGGGUGGAAUCUGCUGUCUUUGGUCUGCCUGGGAACAACAUCUGUCCUGUGGGGCAUUUCUGCCCCGCUGGAACAGGGUAUCCCAUCCCCUGUCCUCCUGGAUCCUUCUCUGCUUCCCUGGGCCUGGAGGCAGAGGAACAGUGCCAGCCCUGCCCAGCUGGGCGAUACUGCAGCGGGGCAGGACUGUCCAAUCUGGCGCAGACAUCGCUGUGUAACGCAGGGUAUGUUUGUCUGGAAGGAAACUCUUCUCCUAGCCCUUCUGACAGGAUUCACGGAUAUAGAUGUCCCAGUGGCUUCUACUGUCCUGCUGGCACUGGGCUAGAGCUGCCUUGUGAGCCUGGCACGUUCAGCCCUGUGCCUGGGGCAAAUGUCUGCCUUCCUUGCCCAGCUGGUAUGACCUGCAGCAACGCUGCCACUGUGAAGCCGCUCCACUGCCCCAGAGGUUACUAUUGCCCUAUUCGGACUGCUGCCCCACUGCCCUGCCCCGAGGGCACGCUGAACCCUGUGGAGGGGUCAUUGUCCCCCGCUGCCUGCAAGCUGUGCCCAGUGGGGAGAUACUGCAGGGGGGAUGCUAACUGGGAGCCUGACGGUCUGUGCCCAGCUGGCUACUACUGUGGAGGAGGAGCCACUGAUGCCAUUCCACAUAGGACACCUGGGUUCCCGCUCAGUGGGCCCUGCCCUCUUGGGCACUAUUGUCCAGAGGGCACUCAUGUCCCAGUAGCCUGCCCAGUAGGCACCCUGAACAACGCCACAGGUGGUACCUCCCCAGAGAGCUGUGUGCCGUGCUAUCCUGGGUCUUUCUGCGCCAGUGCUGGUUUGAGUUCUCCAACGGGACCUUGUACUGAGGGGUUCUACUGCCCAGCAGACUUCAGCUCCUUCAGCCCCACAGCAUUCCUCUGCCCUAAGGGUCACUUCUGCCCUUUGGGAGCGGCCCACCCAAUGCCCUGCCCUGCUGGAGAAUACCAGCCGACCAGGGGCUCUGCGUCCUGCGUUCCGUGCCGGAGAGGAUCCUACUGCCAGGAGGCAGUGGCAGGAGACCCCAAGCGCUGCCCACCUCAUGCUUACUGUCCUACAGGCACACAGGUUCCUCACCCAUGUCCAGAAGGCACCUUCACUCUUUCAAAUAUGACUGGUCUCUGGAACGAGAAGGAAUGCUUAGCUUGCUUACCUGGUCACUACUGCAGGCAUGGACGACUGGAGGGAAAGUGUGCUGCUGGGUACUUCUGCCUUGCCGGGAGCUCUCAGUCUACUCCGCAGGGCCACAGUUUUCCCUGGAGCUUCCUGUCUGAGUGCCGCUGGGGGCAGGUGUGUGCAGGGCUGUGCCCUGCAGGUUUCUAUUGCCAGGAGGGCUCUGAGGUGCCCGUACCAUGUCCUGCCAAUACCAUUAGAAACAUCCCAGGGGCAAAGCAGAGAGAAGACUGCCUGCCCUGUCCGCCAGGCCACUGGUGCAAAGCAGGGGAUUCAGAGGCCUAUCCAUGUCCCUCAGGACACUAUUGCUUUGGAGGCAAUGAUACUGAUCACGGCAGUCUCCUGGCACCUCAGAAAUGCCCUCCACACACUUACCACAAGUACCCAGGAGCUCGGAGCCUGGCAGAUUGCCAGCCGUGCCCUCCAGGCUAUCUUUGCCCUUUAUCAGGUCUGACCAGUUUUGAAGACCAUCCCUGCCCCCUGGGACACUGGUGCCCGGGUAGAGGGGAUGUUUUCCUUUGUCCACCUGGCACUUCCAGGAUCCAGCCUGGGGCAACAUCGUUGGAAGAGUGUGAUUCCUGCUCCCCCGGAUAUUACUGCCCAGAUCCAGCACAGACAGGGCUGCCGAACACCCAAGGAGUGCCUUGUAAACCUGGCUAUGAAUGCCCACCAGGUUCAGUAAAUCCGAUCCCGUGCAGGCCCGGCUCAUACUGUGGUGCUCGCACAGCCGUGCCUUCCCUGUGCCCAGGUGGCUAUUACUGUCCUGAAGGAUCGUCGACAUACCGUAGCCCUGAGCAGCUGUGUGUGUUUCCCUACUACUGUCCCCCAGGCAGUGCCCGUCCUUUGCUCUGUGAAGGAGGAUACAUGGCACUCAGUUUGCCCGGUCCAAGGGAUUCCUUUGAGAAGUUCUGCAGGAUCUGUGACGCAGGCACCUAUCGCAGUGACUCUCUCAUCACAGCAGCAUGUCAGCCCUGCCCAGCAGGCUUCAUCUGCCCACAGGGCAGUAAGAGUUACCACCAGCAGCCUUGCCCCAGAGGCUAUUACUGCCCUCCCCUGGUGCCUGCCCCUCUGCCCUGUCCGCCUGGGACCCAUGGGAGCAGCAACUUUGCGAAGCGUAUAGAGGAGUGCCAGGCCUGUCCUGCCGGCUCCUUCAAUCACCUUCCGGCUCAGCCUGCAUGUUUCCCCUGCGGCAGCUCGUCUUCCUCUCGGCCCGGUGCUGCCAGCUGUACCUGCCAUGGGCUGAACCGGGCUUUCCAGCAGUCAGAUGCCUCUUGUAUCUGCCAAGCAGGUUAUGUUUACUAUGAUGAGAGAGGCAAGAAAAACCCUGACAGCAACAGUGAUCAGGACUGCCAGCCUCAGGUGGAUGAGCUCUGUGCUCCUGGAGAGGUCCGCCUAGCGUCUACGCGUCAGUGUGUUUUUCCUGAGCAGUAUGACUGCUCUACUUCUUGUGGACCUGCAGGCGGAGAGAUUAACGCAGAGCUGGGCAUAUGUCACUGCAAACACUAUGUCUCUGCUGAGGAGCUCUGUGACCAAGCAUGUUUGCUGAGAGCCCCGCAGAUCUCCUUGAGAUUUGGCAUCAAUAGAGAGCUGCUUCUGAGGAUGGAUGAAGGAGAAGAGAGGGAAGUGACAAACGUUCUGGGCCCAGACGAACAUGUCCAUGAGAGCCAGCAGGUGCGUUUGGUUCUGUUCAGUCCCAGUGGGGUGCUAGGUUUCAUUGUUUCCAGCACAGAUGUUCUGGAUGCAUUUCUCACAGGAGAUCUUGCAUCAGACACCUUUCUGCAGAAAGGUCAUCGAGGCCGGAAGGCUUCCUCCAGAGGUAUUGCUGCCUUGCCCCUUGUCCCCAACCCAAUAGUGUGUUUGGAAACAGGAGACGCCGUCCUUUUCCAGCUUAGCAUCAAUCCCCACAAUCGUGCAUCCAGCCAUUACCCUGUUUAUCAGAAGCUGCAUCUUUAUAACAGCAACCCAGGCUGGGAUUUUGGGCCCUUCCGAAGGCUAGACCACCUCGUCCGAGAGACUCACCUCAACAUCUCCUGGUUUGCCCAUGUUUUCCUGGAUUCUGGGACGUAUGUUUUCAGGGACAGGACCAUUCAGGAACACUUCCUGAUUGUGACUGUGAAUGAGGCUCACGUGGGCUGUGACCCCAGAGGUGUGUCGUUCCAGCCCUCUUCUCCGUUCCAGCUGGCCAGGCAUGGGGUCCUGAAGCAUCAGGAGCUGAACUUAGCUCCGAACUGGGCUGCUAUCGCAGUGGUACUCCUUGUUUUGGGCUUCCUAAUUGUGGCAUUCACAACCCUGGCUAUUGUGCUCCAGUCCCCUGAUCCCACCCUUAGCCCCCUGAAGAGCUGGAAGCCGCGAUGGAGGAGCCUGGGAGAGCCACACGUCCCACCGGAAUACGUGUUAGUUAAAGACAGCCUUCAGUUCUGUCCCGUGCUUGGUCCACGUGGUUCUGGAGAAGGUGCAGGCCUUGGCGAGAAAGGAGCUGCCCGGAAUGCAGAAGAGCAUUUUGCGCUGAGAGAUCUGGAGGAUUUCAGCGUUCGCACCAUGUAUGAUAAGCUAGAAGACCAGAAUUUACACCUAGCCUCUCAGCUGGCAAAGCACAGGAUGGAUGUGUUGGUGUUUUACAAAGGAGUCAGCCAGCAGCUUCGAGGUCUCAUGGAUAUGGUGCAAGCACUGGAUUCUGAAGGCCUGAAUAACUUUGCCAGGCAAAGAGUUUGUGGACACAGAACUUCAGACAGCCUGGGCGCUGAAAAACGUGAUGACUCUAGCAACAACUUUCAAGCAGUAAUGCACACAGGUGCUCAGUGGCAAGAGGCUACAGAGUUAAUGAAAGCAUUGAAAUUCCUGCUUGGGAGAGCUCAGCCUAAGAACGCAACUGUGAAACGAGAGAUGGAGGAGCAGGUCCCAGGACAGGAUGUGGUGGCGGGGUCCACGCGAACGAGUGAAGGAAAAGCAGAAGUGAUGGAUGGGCAGGAUCCUGACCUGCCUCCACAGUGUGAGCUCUGCAGUAGGAAACCUACUUUUUUUAGCUUCCCUGGGCACGAAGAGACUGAGAAAUGUUUAAGUGACAGUUCCUCAGAAAAUACCGGAAGUACCCUGGUCCCCACAGAUCUGGCCAGUUUGUCCCCUUACCAGUUUAUAGUGUACCGCUUUGGCUGUGCAGUGCUUCGCCUGUUAAUCAGGACCUAUUCGUGCCCAGCUCUGGUACUUAAGCUGGCUCGGUCGGUUCCUGCCCGAAGUCCAGAUCAAGAUGUUCUCCCAGUCCUUAGAGACUCUCACUAUGACGCCAUCAACAGGUACCUGUAUAUACGUGCAACAAGGCUGGAGGAUGCCGGGGAAUUUAUUGCCAUCUUGCUGAGCGCUGUGGCGUGGAUCAAAGCAGGCUCUGCCUCAAGAGGUAUUGUUCAUUCCUUCUUUCUGACGGAACUUAAUGGAGCUGUUGUGGUUCUGGCCAAUGCUUCUUUCCAGCAUUUGUGGGAGGCAGCAGAGAAGGAUCCAUCAGGAGGCAGCUUAUCCGCUCAUUUUGACCCCCAGACAAUGCUCGAAGAACUUCUGAGCAUCAGAGUGUCACCAUAUCCCUACGUCAAGGAGAAAGCCCUGGGUGAGAGAUUGCAGCAGUACCGAUGCCUUCAGCUGCCUCUGGAGUCUGAGAAUAGGAUGGAAAAUUCACAGAAAAGAGAAGACAGUCGGAGUGUAGGCUCCUCUGAUUUUAAGCUGAAGGCUGCGAAAUUGGAGGAGACAUUGGAUGAGCUAAACGAGGAGUUUUUUGAACUGACGGUACAGGCUUUGAGAAGCCAGGAAGAAGGGGAAUUGUUGGAGCAAGUGCUCAGAACACAGGAGGAGUCGACUGUGACAGCAAGCAUCGACCACGUGUACGAAGCUCAGUGCUUUCCAGAGCUGCUGGAUUCUUGGGCCACAAAGAGGGAUGAAGCCCUGUUGCUGGAAAUACAGAGGAGCUGCAUUGCUCAGAGGAUUGAAGAGGCAGAAGCAGAACUGUUUUAUCUUCUGCAAAAUAAAAUAGCUGCCAGCUCACUUCAUUGAGGAACCUAGCUUACCCUCGGCACUGACUAAAAAUUGAUGGAUUGCAGGAGAGUGCGUGUGUCCACGGACAGAGUUGCGUUACGUGAAGUAUCAGAAUAGGUAUGUGUGUAGUUAGAGACAUUCUUGGUCAAAUAUAUAAUGAUGAAUCCAUAUUCUGUUUGUUCAGCGGGGCUGAAAUACAUUUGUACUUGCCAUGGGUCAUCGAUAUUAUGUAGGCUUGAGCGAGAAGCUCAUAUCCAUAACAUUGCUUACUAAUUUUAUAUUUAUCACCGUUAAGUCAGUAAAGCAGAAAACACGUGAAGCCGAAGGUGGUCAAGAGCCCUGCUUGUCAGCUUCAUGUGUUCUGCAUAUGCUUUAUGACUUCUGAUGUCAAGGAUAUUUGAGAGGGGCGGAUGUUGUUUAGAGCCAUACGUCAGAGCCUCGUCCAGCAUCUCUACGUUGCCUCUAUGUUUUUGCUAUGCUUGCAUUGAUCUCAGGAAGGUCUCCUGCUAGCAGAGACCUUCAACUUCUGUGAGGGUGUGACUUUUCAACACAGAGCAUGCUUCAACCAUUCCCUGUAGUGAUGACUGCACAGAUCAGUUUAGCUCCCAGUGUCCAGUGCUCUGGUGGGAGCUGGAUCUUUAAAUUGAAGAUACAGUCUUACUGUUGCUAUUUUUUUUUUUUUUGUCCUGUCUGCCUGAUGCUAAGAGAGUCCGGCUGUGAAGUGAGCUUAGCUUCUGUUGCACAGAAGUCGCAUCGGAACGUGCGCUCCAUCUCUUUCUGUGCGGUAUUCCUUAGCUCCAGAUAAGUACAGCAAUAUAAAAUUUGUUGAUGGUGAGCCAGCACAAUACCUUGGCAAGCUGCACAGGUAGGCUUCUACCAGUGGUUUCCAACAGCAAAACCAAUGCUCUUUUCAUUACAAUAUUUACUCGAUCGCUUACGCGUGAAGAGGUUUGUGAACCCACUCCUUCCUGGUUCCUAAACACAAAUCUGUGUUUUCCCCUGCCUUUGAGUGACCAUGGGCAAUAUUAGCAGGGAGAGACUUCAGUACCUGGCAGCCAAGACAGAAUCUCAGUUUGGCUUCCACUAACUGUUGUCUCUGGUGGAUCCAUAGGAAUUGCAAGGUCUGUUGCCGUCAUCUACUCGGUUUGGCAGUUCCACCUUUUCUGAGUUUGCUCCCAGAAAACAAGAAGGUUUCUUCCGGUUCCUUUGCAAUUCCACCUCGGGAGAAUUCAGUUACUUAAUGGCACUUGGAAGGAACUUUCCUAAAAGGACACUAAAAGCUACAGGCAAACACUAUGAAGUGCUUGGAGGUCACCCUCUGUGAUUGCCUUUUCUAGAAUACAGUAACGAAAAAGCUGUCACCGCUCUCCUCCUUGCUUGCGUUUUUAGGUUUUCAGCAGAUAUAUUUGUAACAGUAAGCGAUCUGUCAGUCUUGAUUGAUUGCAGUCUCUCUAAUUCCCACAGGGAACAGUGGUACCCAGACAGGUGAUGAAGUUAACUCUGAGUGCUGUGUGGUGUGAUUCUAGGUUACAUUUGUAAAAGGCGGAGUGGAAAACAAGAAUAAAUAAAAUUUGUCAAAAUGUUUCCUUGUAACAGUUUUCUAGUGAAAAGAAUUGUUUGUUUUAGAUCAAAACAAAGGUAAGCAUA